ACCGCCACUCCUCUUCCUCGGGAUCCAACCCGCAUCCACUCUCUCCGUCCCUCGUUUUCAGCACCAGGCCAAUCAGCACCCCCCCUUCGACCCACCUCGCUCGAUUCCCCCCGCUCGCGCCGAUCGAGCCCCUAUCUAGGAGCUCCCACACCAACCCAGCACCGGCCUCCCGUGCUCGACCUCAUCCCCAACCUCGCAAGCCUCCUCGAUCCUCUCCUGAGCAGGUGCUCUCCCAGAGCCCCGCGUCCCCGCCUCCGUUCGGCCAGCCACGUCGUCGGCGCACCCAGCAGAUGAGAGCCGUCCCUACUGCUUUUCCUUCUUCCCCUGCUCCUCCCGCCUCCGCUAACCUCUCUCUCCCUCGUUUUUCCUUUCACCGAGCAGGAGCGCCAUGGAUAGCCGCCCGUGGAUGUCCCCUCCUGCUGUUUUCCCUUCGUCGCCGGAGCUCCCGCAAGCAGACCCGCCGUCUCUAGGCCAUCCCCGUCCUCUGCAUCGCCAUGGACGCCCACCCGGAGCUCCACGCCCCGCCUUCCCCCACCUCGCUCGUGACCUCCGCUACACCGAAUCCGGCAGGAUUCCAUCGCAGCGCCAAGUCCCUUGCCUCGCUGCUUCUUUGCCCCUUGUCACUGGAGACCCCGCACAAGUCCCUGCUACCGGAGCCUUGCCAAGUCCCGCGCCAAGUCAGCACGGCGCCGUCGCCUGCUUCUGUCAUGCAAGCACGCAAGGACGAGGCCAGCGCCAAGUCCCACUCCUUCCCCCUGCCUCGACCGCGUUGACCUCGGUCCUCGUUUCGAUCUGGAGGCAGCAGUCAACUGCGUCGCUAGCCACCGCCAGCGCCAAGGCCCAGCUCGCCUCGCCUCGCCUCAGUCUAUCUCCACGCGCAGCUCAAACCGGCCCAAGCCACAUCCGCAGCCCAUCCCCACCGACCGGCCUCGCUGGGCCGCAAGUUUCGAUAAUGUUGCGAUUGUGAGGAUUCGUUCGACUACGUCCGUUCGUCUU